GUGUGGGAUUAGGGUUUCGCUGGUCGCAAAGCUGGAUACGCACAGAGAAGACCGCUAUGGAAGCAGCGACGACCAAGACUAUGACUCCUCAUACCGCCAUUCCAGAGGCCCCUCUCGCUUCUCCGACGCUCCUCUGAACCACCACCACAACAACUCUCGCCGCCGUCCUUCCGAGAGCCCUCCCCGCCGCUCUCCCGCCGGCGAAGGAAUCCGGCCGGCGGGAGGCGGAGGCUUUGGCUUGGUCUCUGGCCAGAAGCGAGGGUUUCCUUUCUUUGGACGUGGAGGUUCUCCAGAUCGUUUUGAUAGAGUCAGUUUCGCAAAGCUUUUUGUUGGAUCAGUCCCGAGGACCGCCACUGAGGAAGAUAUUCGACCACUGUUUGAAGCACAUGGAGAUGUGAUAGAGGUUGCUCUGAUUAAAGAUAGGAAAACAGGACAACAACAAGGUUGUUGUUUUAUAAUAUAUGGAUCUACAGAAGAAGCUGAUCAGGCUAUUAGAGCUUUGCAUAAUCAACAUACUCUUCCUGGGGGUGUAGGUCCUAUCCAAGUUCGAUAUGCAGAUGGCGAGCGAGAGCGUCUUGGUGCAUUAGAGUACAAAUUGUUUGUGGGAUCAAUGAACAAACAAGUAACGGAAAAGGAAAUUGAGGAGAUUUUUUCACAAUAUGGUCGGGUGGAAGAUGUUUACCUCAUGCGUGAUGAUUUGAAGCAAAGUCGUGGAUGUGGAUUUGUUAAGUACUCUCACAGGGAGAUGGCAUUAGCAGCUAUAAAUGCCCUUAACGGAUGCUACACAAUGAGAGGUUGCGAUCAACCAUUAACUGUCCGGUUUGCUGAUCCUAAAAGGCCCAAGCCUGGAGAUUCAAGGGGUGGUCCGGCAUUUGGAGGCCCAGGUUUUGGUCCUCGAGUUCAAGGAUCAGGACCCAGACCAGUACCUUAUUUUGGUGAUCCUAUGAGGGAUAUAAUUUCUCCUAAUGCUUGGCAUCCGAUGAGUCCGCCAAACUUGGGUCCAUCAUCUCAUGGCUUUGGAGGCCAGUUGCAUCCAAGGUCUGGUGACAUGAGAUUACCUGUUAAUGUGGGUGGCCAUGGCGGUCCUGCAGAUAGUCUCCUACCUGUGGUGUCAUCAUCUUCAACAUUUCAACAGGGUUUUAGCCAGCCCAUGCCACAAUUAGCUCCAGUUGGUCAGCAAAUAUCUCCAUUACAGAAGCCUAUUCAAUCACCUCAGCAAGUACCACCUUCCCUUCAACUGUAUCCUCCAACUCAAGCAUCUUAUUCACAGGCACAACCCUCUCUUGCAUCUCUACAGCAGCUUGGUCAACCACAGAUUCUUUAUUCUUCAGGUCCAACAGUCACAAGCCAACCACUACCGUCACAACAGUUACUUGGUUCAAAUGGACAACCACCCAUUUCUCAUCCUCAGGUCCAGCCGAGCAUGGCCUCUGCUAUAGCACUUCAAUCCCCUCCAAACAAGAACUUACAAUCCGUUCCUGCUGCUCCUGUCCAGCAACAACAACAACAACUUCAGCCUCUUCAGCGAUCACCUUCGCAGUUAGCUCAGAUGCUCUCACAACAGAAGCAAGCUCUUCAGGCAAGCUUUCAGUCAUCUCGGCAGGCAUUCUCUCAGCUGCAACAGCAGUUACAGUUGAUGCAACCAUCAAAUCAGGGCGUGAUCUUGCAGCAGAGUUCUCAGAAUACCAAACCGCAGCAGCAACAGUGGGCAGGAGCUGCUGCGCAGACCGCCGCAAGCUUAUCUGCCACUACAGCAUCUGUAGAUGUGCCUUCAUCCACAUCUGCUGCCCCUGCCGUUCCUGUAAAAUGCCCUUGGACAGAACACAUCUCCCCAGAUAAUUACAAAUACUAUUACAACAGCGUAACUGGUGAAAGCAAGUGGGAGAAACCUGAGGAGUUGAUAUUGUAUGAGCAACAGCAGCAGCGGCAGAAGGCAGCAGUUUUGCAGAAUCAAUCCCAGUUAUACCCUCAACGUCCUACUGCGCAGCAAGUUUCACAAACACCGCAAAUUCAGCUUCAACCUCAGUUCCAAAUGCAGGCUCAACAGCAAUUUCAACAGCCCUCUUUAUAUUCGACGUACCAGGCUUCUGGAAUAAUGGGCCAUCAAAAUAUUCAGGGCUACACACAAUUACAAUGGGCGGCCAGCUCAGGGCAGCAGGCUGCUCAAGAGUGGAUGUGGAAAAGUAACCAAGCAGGAUCUGGAGGAGCUUGAAGAAGAUUAGAAUUUGAGGUGGCUGCCUCACAUGGGCAAGAGACGAGGCAAAAGAUGAUGAGUGUUUAAAACGAUUUUUGAGCUUACAAGUGUUAAAAUGUAACAUGUAGCUUUAGUAGGAAUUAAUUUUUCGUUUUCAUUCUCAUUAGUUAGUCUCUCUCUCCCAAUCUCUCUCUCUC